GCUUCAGUCUUUGGAACGCACAUGCCUUUCUUCCAUCUUCCUUGCGCCCUUCACCCUUCACCCUGCCGUGACCUCCCAUACAUCUCACUCUCGCCCUUCACCCUGCCCUGACCUCCACAAGCUCGUCGUGGACAUUUCCCAACCUGUGCUCCGUCCCGUCUCCGGCGAAGGGUAGGGUUUUUGUGAGAACAAAAACACCUAACCCUAAUAUUGCUGCCGCUCUAAGAGUGGUGGGAUUCGGAAACAAGCAUGGACCAAACUCUAUGUGUAGUGGUGGGAUUCUAUUUUGCUCAUCUCUUACACCAACAACACAUUCUCCAUGGUUCAGUGCUCAGGAGGAUGAAGAUGAACCUCAUCCAAAUUUGUUGAGGACCACAGUUGGAAAUGGUCCUCCGGAAUCAGUUUUUGACUGGACACGGGAAAUAGACUCAGAUUUGUCAAAUCAGAAUAUCAAUAACCAAGCAUUCUCAAGAAAGCAUUGGCGUCUUUUACAAUGUCAAGAUGGACUUCGUACUUUUGAAGAACUUGGUGAAGUUGUGAAGUUGAUUACCUUGAUGUUACUAUACAAGAGGACUUGCUGCAUAAAGUUCUUUUCCUUGUUUUAUUUAUUCCUACAGAGUGUUGAAAAGGAAGAGUCAUUGAGGAAAAAAGGGCAUGGGAAGAAAGCAAGAAGAUGUGGGUGCUAGCAGGCCCUGCCAUAUGGUUCCUUUUACAGUCUUGAGAUCCGGUACAACACUGUUUUGAUUCUUCUUACAGGCAACAUGAAAAAUGCUGAAGUGUCUAUUGAUGCUCUGGCCAUAUGCCUCAACAUUAGUGGGUGGGAAAUGAUGAUAGCCCUUGGUUUCUUUGCUACAACAAGUGUGUCUAGAGAAGGAGGUCUUGUGCUUGCCCGAACCUGACUAUACAAAGUACUUACACUACAACAAUUUCAUUUUUCCUAGCUGUAGAGUUAUUCAAUGGUUUAUCAAGGUAAGUUUCCUUUGGCGUUUCAAACUUUAACACAAAUAUAUAACUUAACUGCUGUUCUUGUGGAAAUAUUUUCUCUCUUUAUUUCUUAUUUUAAUAAUAAAUUUAGAAAAUUUUACUUUGUUUGCACAAAAAUAUUCAAAAUAAAAAUAGAUGGCAUUUGUAAUCAUUUGUGUGUAAAGAAAAUGACUUCUCAGGCUAAAUGGUGUCCUUACCUUGUACUUUGCUCUGUCCAUUUUUGCUGAACAAAGUACAUCAUUACUCAUCAAUAAACUUCUUAAUUCCACUUGAUUCUUUCAUGUGUAUGCAGUGUAGAAGCCACUUUAAUCUUUCUUUUGGGAUAGUUUUCUUGACUAUUAAUUAUCUUCAUCGCUUUGUAUCCAUUUGUCAAUGCAAUGUAAGGAUUGUAGGUUAUUUAUCAGUUUGCAACAUUUGUUGAUUACGUACUUUUUUAACAUAUAUGAGAAGUGAUAAUGAGCAUUACUUUUACCAGGAUUGGGAAUACUGGAUGCUUGAAUUGCUUUCUAUUGCAUGCUUAUCAAUUGCCAUAAAGUUGAAUGAGAUAUCAGGACUUUCGUUGCAUGAAAUUCAGGUGACUAAUUGUCAUUACAUCCAUCAUUCCUUGUUCAUAUGAUAUAUUAAUUGUAUGGCUAGUGGAUCACCGUUAAUAGCUUUGUGGCAUCACGUGAGGUAAUUGAUCUUUACAAUCUCAUUUUCAAAUUAUUUUAUUAUGUAAAAGUAAUUGAUCUUUACAAUCUCAAUUGCAUCCUUAUCAAGUUAAGGAAUGAUGAGAUGGUCAAGACCUCUUAGUUUGUUUGCAGCUAAUGGAUAUUGCACUGAACAUGAAUUUGUUUCAUGACUUAGUCAUGUCUGUUCUCAUUUUAUUAACAACUAGUGGAGUGCCCGUGUGAUGCACGGGUCGGUAUUUUACUGUAAGUGAAAUAAAUACUAUUUGUCAGGGUGCUGUUUGUAUCAUUAGACUGUAAGUGAAAAAAUAAUAUUUGUCA